UUUUCUCCUUAUUUAAGGUGAAAAUUUCCGCAAUGAGUAAACGUAAAUUGAAGGAGAGCAGCAGUGCAAAUGGAGAAUGCAUUUCACAGGUACAAAGAAUUUUACGUGAACGAUUCUGUCACCACUGUGCUACUGGAAAACUGUUUGGGAUUGAACACCAAUACAAACAUCUGCUGGAGCUGCUGAAACGCACGACCCUUCACGGAGAAAGCAAUUCUGCUCUCAUUAUCGGACCUCGAGGAUCAGGAAAGACUACGUUAUUAAAUCAUGUCUUAAAAGAGCUCAUGGGAAUAAAACAAGUCAGAGAGAACCUCUUGCAAGUCCACCUGAAUGGGCUUUUGCAGACUAAUGAUAAAGUGGCCUUGAAGGAGAUCACCAGACAGUUACAUCUGGAAAAUGUGGUUGGGGAUAAAGUUUUUGGCAGUUUUGCUGAAAAUCUUGUGUUCCUUCUUGAAGCUUUAAGGAAAGGUGAUCGGAGCAGCAGCUGCCCGGUCUUGUUUGUGCUGGAUGAGUUUGACUUGUUCGUUCAUCACAAGAACCAGACGCUGCUCUAUAACCUCUUUGACAUAUCCCAGUCUGCACAGACUCCUGUAACAGUUAUUGGACUUACAUGCAGACAGGAUAUCCUGGAACUCUUGGAGAAGAGAGUAAAAUCAAGGUUCUCUCAUCGGCAGAUAUAUUUGAUGAAUUCCUUUGAUUUUAAACAAUACAUUAAAAUAUUCAAAGAACAACUGUCUCUUCCUGCCGAUUUUCCUGAUGAGUCGUUUGCACAAAAGUGGAAUAAUAAUGUUAAGGUAUUUAAAGCCCUUAAUCUCUCUUCUAGGAAAACUUUUAAAGCUUUACAUACUUAUCAACUGGUCUUAUUUUAA